AUGGCCUACGACCGCUACAUGGCCAUCUGCAACCCGAUUUACACAGCUAUUAUGACGCAGCGGGUCUGCAGGGAGUUAGUGAUAGGGGUCUAUACCUAUGGCUUCCUAAACUCUGUGAUACAGACAGCUCUGACAUUUCAGCUGUCUUUCUGCGACUCCAACGUCAUCCACCACUUCUACUGUGCUGACCCCCCUCUCCUGACCCUCUCCUGCUCUGACACCCACAACAAAGAAAAGCAGCUCGUGAUCUUCUCUGCAGUAAAUCUCACUGGGUCCCUCCUUACCAUCUUCAUCUCCUACAUUUGCAUCCUCUUUUCCAUUAUAAAAAUCCAGUCUUCUGAGGGCAAGUGCAAAGCAUUUUCCACCUGUGCCUCCCACCUCACUGUCGUCACCGUCUUUUAUGGAACACUGUUUUUCAUGUACCUGCAGCAACCAAAAGCGGGGAAUUCAUGGAAACAAAACAAAGUAGUCUCUGUGUUUUAUAGUCUUGUAAUUCCCAUGCUUAACCCUCUUAUCUAUAGCCUGAGAAACACAGAAGUAAAGGAUGCCCUGAAAAAAAUGCUAGAGGGCAAAGAGUUAUAG